GAAGAUGGAACCUGUGACUGAGCCCCCGAUCGUAGCCGCGCCUGAGAGUAAUUUUAGCACAGUUAAGGAAGAUAAAAAUGCAUCCAAACCUGUACAUCUGGUUCGUCGACUUGGUCUGGCAGAAUGUGUAUCUAUAACAGUUGGAACUGUUAUAGGUUCUGGAAUAUUUAUUUCUCCUCAAGGGACACUACUGAAUACUGGUAGUCUGGGUGCAUCUAUGAUUGUGUGGGCUCUGUGUGGUGUUCUAUCGACUUUAGGUGCAUUGAGCUACGGAGAGCUUGGCACUACGUUCACUAAAUCUGGUGGAGAUUACACAUACCUUUUGGAGUCGUACGGACCUAUGGUUGCCUUUUUACGUAUCUGGACGUUUUUUGUGGCAGUUCGAACGGGAUCAGUAGCCGUUGUGACUUUGACUGCCGCAACCUACCUUCAAAAAAUAUUUAUACAAGAUUGCCAAGAUUUGCCCUAUAUAUCAGUACGACUUUUUGCUGCAGUCAUUAUAGUUAUAAUUUUCUACCUGAAUUGUGUCAGCGUUCCUUGGACAGCUCGUGUUCAGGUGAUUCUAACUGUUGCAAAAGUUCUCGGAAUAGUACUGAUUAUAAUUACUGGCUUCGUUAUUAUUUGUAAAGGUAAUAUUUAUACUUUCAGUAGUAGGCCCGUAUGUUUUCAAUAAAGACUAAAACUAUUUGUAAAAGGUAUAAGGAUGUUCGAAUUAAAUUUGUCACAGUUUAUUUUGUGUAUUUUCAUUUCAUAUAUAUCGUCAUUUUAGCAUCUCAUUUUUAAUAGGAUACCGACAGUGGAUGAGAAGUACUUGUAUCGCGACUGACUCUGAAAAAACCAUAAAACCAUGA